AUGUAUCUGACACACUCUCAGGCACAAAAGAGAUCAAAUCCUGCGAAUUCCUCUCUGAUGGCCGUCGGAUCAUUCUCUUCGACAUACCAGACGUCGACGACACUUAUUGCUCAGACGCCGACAUUGAGUGCCAUGUACAAGAACAAACUCAAGUUAGCAGGAAUAGUAUACAUGCAACCUGAAUCAAAGACGAGAGAAUGA